CUGACAGCACCCAAUAAACCCACCACUCCCAUUCAUCUCCACCCUCUCUCCUCGCCCCUCGCUCUCUCUCUCUCCCUCUCUCUCUCUCUCUCUCUUUUCUGUCGAGCAUUGGAGACUUAAAAAACAACAUAGGAGGCUUGAGUUUGUUCGGCUGAGUAUUUGGAUAACCUGCUCAUGUGAAAGGUCUCCUCUCGUAGUUUUUUGACGGUGCGUCACGUUUGGGAAGCAUCAUUGGACUUUUACGCACGAAACCAACCAAAUCUGCUAUUUCCAUGAGAUUGCAGUUUCCACGGGCGCAAUAGUUCUUGAUCUCGGAGGGAGGAAGCGGAGAACAAGAAGAUGGCCAUCCACGUCGAAGGCAUCGUGGCCAUCGUGAUCUUCUACCUCCUGAUUCUUGGUGUGGGGAUCUGGGCCGCGUGGAAGAACAAGAAUUCCGGUGCUGGCGACGGUGUGGACCAGAGCGAGCGCAUCAUGGUCGGAGGAAGGGACAUCGGAUUGUUCGUUGGUGGAUUCACAAUGACCGCCACUUGGGUUGGUGGGGGCUACAUUAAUGGGACAGCAGAGUAUGUCUACCUGCCAGAUUACGGCCUUGCUUGGGCCCAGGCACCCUUUGGAUAUGCUCUCAGCCUGGUAGUAGGUGGACUUUUCUUUGCGAAGCCCAUGCGUUCCCGUGGAUACGUCACCAUGCUGGAUCCCUUCCAGCAGCUGUACGGAAAGAGGAUGGGAGGCCUGCUCUUCAUCCCUGCACUCAUGGGGGAAAUCUUCUGGUCUGCAGCCAUUUUAUCCGCCCUGGGGGCCACUUUGAGUGUGAUUGUGGACAUAAACAUCAACAUUUCGGUGGUGAUCUCAGCCCUGAUAGCUAUCUUUUACACACUCGUCGGAGGCCUCUACUCCGUUGCGUACACAGACGUGGUCCAGCUCUUCUGUAUCUUUGUGGGCUUGUGGAUCAGCGUGCCUUUUGCACUGUCCAAUCCCGCCGUGUCAGAUAUCAGUGUUACAGCAAAGGAAGUCAUCCAUCAGUCACCCUGGCUGGGAAAGAUUGAUCCUAAAGACGCAUGGCUCUGGGCAGACAACAUCUUUUUGCUGAUGUUGGGCGGGGUUCCCUGGCAGGUCUAUUUUCAACGGGUUCUUUCUGCGUCUUCAGCUACCUACGCUCAGGUCCUUUCCUUCCUCGCUGCCUUCGGCUGCUUGGUCAUGGCCGUCCCCUCUGUCCUCAUUGGUGCUAUAGGGGCCUCCACUGACUGGAACCAGACUUCUUAUGGGUCUAUCGCUCCAAAGGAUAAGGAUCAGUCCGACAUGAUCCUCCCCAUAGUGCUUCAGCACCUCUGCCCGUCCUACGUGUCCUUCUUUGGCCUGGGCGCCGUGUCGGCCGCGGUCAUGUCGUCGGCGGACUCGUCCAUUCUCUCAGCCAGCUCCAUGUUUGCCAGGAACAUCUAUCAGCUCGCCUUUCGGCAGUCGGCAUCAGAUAGAGAGAUUGUCUGGGUGAUGCGCUGCACCAUAUUUGUGUUCGGAGCCCUUGCCACUGCCAUGGCGUUGCUAACUAAAUCCGUGUACGGCCUGUGGUACCUGAGCUCCGACUUGGUCUACGUCAUCAUCUUCCCCCAGCUUCUCAGUGUGCUGUUUGUCAAGGGCACCAACACCUACGGCUCCGUGGCCGGCUACAUCUUUGGUCUUUUGUUGCGCAUUGGUGGAGGGGAGCCCUACCUCAAGCUCCCGCCCUUCAUCUACUACCCGGGCUGGGUGAACCAGAAGAAGAUCCACCACGUCACCGGGGAGGUGGAGCACUUUGUGCAGCAGAGGUUCCCCUUCAAGACCAUGUCCAUGCUGGCAUCGUUCUUGGCCAACGUGGCCUUUUCUUACCUGACAAAGUACCUGUUUGAAAGCGGCACUUUUUCACACAAGUACGACUUCCUGGACGCCGUGGUGUCCAAGCACAGCAAGGAGAUCAUGGACAAAGCCACGCUGGUGAGCAACCAAGACAACAUUGUUCUUUCGGAGAUGGCGCCCGUCAAGCAGGUCCUGGGCGCGUCGAUCGCCGGGACGUUCAUCAACGCCGAGGUCCUCAGCGACGACGGGGCGUCCAGCCCAGAGGCUUUUGUCGAUGAGAACUAGGGCAACAGAGGCGCCGCGGAUGCAAUCAAGGGAUUUUAAAGAAGAAGGAAUAAUCCAAGAGGCCUCCGGAUUCCUUGGGGAAACUUGCUACUGCCGCACUAAGAGCCAAACAGAAAUCUGCUUUGGCUCCCGAGUGACUCCACAAGUUUGUUUUAUGCUGAUGACACGAGGCCUCCUUCUUUUCUAACGUCCCUUGCCUAGAACCAAGGAGGUGACAAUUAGCUGUGUUGGGCACAACACACUCAUUCUUUUUUGUUUGUUUUUAUGUUUAAUCCAAAACCACUGCAGGCGUUUUAAUUAAGUGCUCAAAGUGAUCCGGGGGAUCAGGGGGAAAUAAAUAGUUACUGCUUUUGGACAACAACGUCCACAAGGGUUUGAUGUGGGUAAGGAGAAAAGUGCAAUAUCUAACCAAGGAAUUGUGUCCAAGUCUAAAUAGCAGCUUGUUUGUGUGUGUGUGUGUGUGUGUGGGUGUGUGUGUGUUGCUCCAGAAACUUUAAAGAUUGUGAUUUUUAAGUUUGCAUAGUCUAGAAUUUAUAAUUAAUAGCAAUAAUAUUUGUAGGAUUAAUGUUGAAUGGAUAGAUACAUUGUACUGAAUUUGCAAGUUCCUGUCUUUAUUGUUACCUUGAAGAGCAAAAGUGUUAUUUUAUGUUUCAUGUUCAACUUGCACUUAACUGUCCUGGAAAUCUCGCCAAUUCCAGACCAAAUGAGUGUUGAUUUAAGAAGUACCAAACUCACCAGACAUGGUGAAAGAUGUUUAAAAUUCAUACUCUGAUGAAAUCAAGGUCCACAUUAGUAAUGUGGGUCUUGUAUUUGCUCCAUUGCUCUGAUGUUUGCAUUUGCACAUAUCCAAUAUAAACAUGCAUUGUUUUUCCUAGCUUUGGCUUCCGUUUGUUUCCAUGUGUUUUGAAAAUCCAUCUCUCGGUCUAAUAUUUGACUUUGUGAAAAUUUGUGUUGCUCAUCUGUGAAUCAAGGUGCAUUUAUAACUGCAUUAAUGAUAACAUUAAUAUCAAUUAAAGCACAUGUGAGGAUUUUAAAAACAUGAUGGAUUCUAUGUAUAAAUCUAUGUAUUUAAUUAAUGAACCCAAUGGCAACCUAUAGACGAGAAUUCAGAAAUCUACAACACUGCGAUUUAAAAAUGACCCACAGUCUAUUAGCCUGAUAUAUUAAAUGGUCACUGAGACACUGUUUUGAAACAUCACACGUAUGUGUGUAUAUGUAUGUGUGUGUGUGUGCCGGUGCCUAUCAUGAUUUGUUUGCUCAUCCUAAACCUGUAUUGACUGGCCAGCCUCAGCAGGUUAGCGGAGACAGGAAGUUAUUGUUCCUUCCGAGAUGGUGUCAGUGUGGCAGCGGCCUUUAUCGAUCCAAUCCCCAGUCGAUUAUCCCUCAGGACAUUUGAUUAAUACCUCUAAGAGGUUUGAAACUGCGGUUUGUAAGGGUCCGUUUGACAGUGUGUCAUUUAAGGCGAUGAAGUUUCAAAGUUUGUUAGCGAUGGAGCACCAUCGUUCAUAAAGUCAGUCCUCACAUUCUACCACUUCUGGCUAUUUCAAAAUACCCGACACACUGCUGCUCUGUAAAGACCUGAACUAAAAAGAGUCGUCUCUUCGUACGGUAAUUUUGUGGCAUUGUUAAGUGUUGCUGUCCGGUUGAUUUCUCUGUUUUUAUCACCUCGUCUGAAGAAACUAUAUGUUUGUUGGUCUGUUUCACUAUUCCUUGAACCUCCUGACCCCUGAUCUGUGGCACUCAACUGCAAGCCCGUCCAUAACAACUUAAGACGACAGAUCUUUUAAAAUGGGUCAUAAAAAUAAAGUGUAUUUUUUUCAAAGCCGGUAACGUUAAGUAAAUGUUGCAAAUUAGGCAUCCUAUUGGGUAUUCAAAGGAGACAAGUUCCUUUAAGGUGGCAAGUUGGCCUUAGUCUUUGGAGAGAAGUGGACUUGAUGCGUGUAUUCAGCCAAACCCCCCCCCCCAGAGGUAUAGUAAGACACACCGAAUCCCAGCCUGAACCUAUCUCAUCUCUAAAACAUAAAUAACAGCUAUGGGCUUUAAGACGACGUCAGCUUUGAAGCUGAAUGGGGUGACCGCUGGCCUGAUGCUAAGUGUCAGGCCAUCUCAUUGGACUCAACUGUGAAUGUAAACCCGUGCUCCUCAUCAGAUAAGCUUUACAACGCGUGUCGCACAGAGAAGAACCUACAACCUGUGUCUGUAUGUUGUAAAUUGCAAUGAGGCUGUAUUUUUGUGUGAUAAAUGUACAUACCAAAAACGCAUAGAAACAAAUGAGUCUACUUUUAAAUUAAGCAUUAAAAAUGAUGUUUGUUGAAAGUGAACUUACAGCUAUUUAUUUAAUCAUUGAGUGUGAAUAAGAGUACAGUUGUAAACAAAUGUAAG